GGCCGUUUCAAUUGAAGAUGUUGUCAGUUUCGGCAUUUCCAAGACAAUGAGCAAGUCGUCGAGCGCGUCGUCCACGGUGGUGUCGUCCGUCAUCCAGGUGCGCCGCUACUUGAUCGGACUGAACCUGUCGUACACGGCGUCGGUGACGGUGGACCACCGAUACCGCCACAUCGUGCAUGCUGUCUUGGGCAAGCCACGCCCGGACACGCCGUGCCCUCUCGCAGUCGUCCACGUCAAGUUCACGCUCAAGGACGACAUGCGCGAAAUUCUGUCGUUCGAAAUCGAAAACGACCGACAUGUGUACCGUCUUCGAGACAACAUCGAGUUUGACGAACGACUGCUUGACCGGGUGAUCGCACGAAAGGUCGCGCUGAAGCGGUCCGGCCUCAUCGACUUGUCCGACGAGUACACGAGAUCCCGUGUCAAAGAGCCACGGUACGAUAUUGUCGAGCCCAACCCAGACGCCAUCGACGCGGAUGCUGUCAAAGUCCAGCUCCUGGACCUCUUUAAAGCGUAUGAUCGAAAUGGCGACGGAUCGAUCAGUGUAGUCGAAUUCCGCAACGCGAUUCGCUCGGGCUUGAUUCAGGAAGACCACGUCGAAUUGCUGUUUACGCAGGCAGACCUGGACCGCAAUGGAUGCAUCAACUACGAAGAGUUCGCGAAGGCUGCCGUGGAUAUUCUUUCUCGCAUGCCGUCUGGUUACAAGUUCAAAGCGCAAUUCAACGAGCUGUACGACGAUUACUUGGAUUACUUCCACACGGAAUGCGCUACGACCAUGUCGAUUCUGAACCAAGCGUUCGAAGCGGCGGACUACCUGCCACCAAACGCGUCCGGUCGCACCAAAGCUGACUGCCUCAGCUACGACAUGUUUCGCAAGUGUCUGGCAUCUCCCCUGGCCAACUUGAGUCGCGAGGAGAUCAACCUCGCCAUCUCUCUCGUCCCCAUGAACGACGAAGGCAAGCUCCCGUACGCCAACUUUGACCGGAUCCUCGCCAAAGUCAUGUUCUACAUUGCCCAAGGGCAGAGCCUUGCGCUCGCCGUUGACAUCGAGAGCUACUUGCUGGAUACGUUUGAGGCUGCCGAGAAGGCAUGGGACCCUACCACUGUCACGCCCAAGGGUCUGUUGCCACGGAGCGUGCUCUUCGAAUGCAUGCACACGCUCAAGAAACUCAUGCUGAGUCGAGGCCAGGUUGUGCUGCUCAUCGGGUACGCCAAGGACAGCGAAAGUCAAGUGUCGAGCAGUGACGACGGCGACGGCGGCAGCCCCAUGGCCCUAAUCAAUUACAUAUCGUACGCGACAACGGCGGCAGGUAUGAUCCGCCAGUUCAUCAACCCACGCAAUGUCGCCAAGCGCAUGCAACUGUGCAAGAACGAUGUGAAUACAGUCGCUGCGAUCUUCCAUGGUGUGAGCGAAGUUGGCCUCGAGCGCAUUCUCAUGGAAGCUUUCGAGACCGAAGACCGAGACUGCAAUGGCGUGCUCGACAUGGACGAGUUUCAGGCGGCGAUGAGGCACACGUCGCUCGGACUCACGGACGAAGAGAUUGCGUCACUGCUUGCCGUUGCCGACACGAAUGGCGACGGCUACGUUGACAUUGACGAGUUUUCGUAUUUUGCCGUCCACCAUUUGGUGCAGCUAAAGCGUCAAAACCUAUUGCGACUGACCGAAGACAACAACGACGACGAGGAUGGCGACGGUGGCAAAGACAAUGGGGCAUAAAGGAGUGCGGACUUGAAGCAUCAUAUUGAGUUCAACACCUUUGACUGUGUAUGCCUUGACGGUGCACCCAAGGGUGCAGCCUGCCGUGCAUGACGCCAGCGAUACCAAUUCUUCGUCGGCCCCAUGGAGCCUGACGUCGAGGAAUCGCUGACAGCAUGAUGGCAACAGCAAGAACAUAUUGAGUGCAAGAGGAGUACUAUAUUAUACAAUAUCAAAG